CUGGUCGGUGAGUGUAGAGGCAAAGAAGGCUCGUAGGAUGCGUGUAUAUAUGGACUAAUGUAGCCUGACCAGACAAAACCUCGGACACAAACUCCUCAAUCCAUCAAGAGUCUCAGGUCUUUUGAGGGUAAGGUCCAAUCAUCAUGGCUGCAUCCUCCCAACUGUUCAGGGGCAUCCGUGGCAGGAAAUGGGGUCGAAUCUUGGUGCCAGCCAUUACAUGCCAAACCUGCUAUCAGUCUUCUCAUCCAACUCAGUCACAUCACUUUAUUCAAAGAUGGCACCAGUCUCGAGGAUACAGGGCCUCAGCAGCAUGGCACACCUACAACCUGACCCCACCUCAGGUUAAUAGCAUUUUAAAAGCUAACGAGUACAAUUUCAAAGUUCCUGAGUUUGAUGGCAAAAACCUCAGUUCAGUCAUGGGCUUUGACAGCAACCAGCUACCUGCAAAUGCACCAAUUGAGGAUCGGCGAAGUGUGGCAACAUGCUUGCAAACCCGUGGCAUGCUUUACGGCGUGUUUGAUGGGCAUGCAGGCUGCGCCUGUGCGCAGGCACUCAGCGAACGGCUCUUCUACUACAUCGCCAUUUCAUUGCUACCACAUGAGACGUUGGUGGAGCUGGAGAAUGCAGUGGAGAACGGCCGACCCCUUCACCCUAUUCUACAGUGGCACAAGCAUCCCAACGACUACUUCAGCAAGGAAGCCUCACGCCUCUACUUCUCCAGCUUGCGCACGUAUUGGCAGGAGCUGCUGGAUCUGAGCGUUCCCGGGGAGCAGCCUGAUGUUGCAGAAGCACUUGUGAGUGCCUUUAAAAGGUUGGACAAUGACAUAUCACUUGAAGCCCAAGUUGGGGACCCUAAUGCUUUCUUGCACUACUGGGUUCUUCGCGUAGCAUUCUCAGGCGCUACUGCGUGUGUUGCGCAUAUAGAUGGUAACGAGCUGCAUGUCGCCAACACUGGAGAUGGGCGUGCAGUGCUUGGCGUACAGGAACCUGAUGGCUCUUUUUCCGCACUCACACUUACCAAUGAUCACAAUGCACAGAACGAAUCGGAGGUGCAGCGCAUGCGGUCUGAGCACCCGCUUUCCGAGGCCAAGACUGUGGUUAAACAGGAUCGCCUUUUGGGGUUACUCAUGCCCUUUCGCGCAUUCGGAGAUGUAAAAUUCAAGUGGAGCAUCGAGCUCCAGCGUCGUGUUCUAGAGUCCGGUCCUGAUCAGCUCCAUGAGAAUGAACAUGCCAAGUUCAUCCCACCCAACUACCACACGCCACCCUACCUCACAGCAGAACCAGAGGUAACGCGACAUCGUCUCCGUCCACAGGACCGGUUUCUUGUUGUGGGCUCGGAUGGGCUGUGGGAAACUCUGCACAGGCAGGAGGUGGUAAGAAUUGUUGGUGAGCAUCUCACUGGAGUGCACCAGCAACAGCCGGUCAGCGUUGGUGGCUUUAAGGUGACCUUGGGUCAGAUGCAGGGAUUGUUGCAGGAGAGGAAGGCUCGCAUCUCCUCUACAUUCGAGGAUCAGAAUGCAGCAACACACCUGAUUCGGCACGCGGUGGGGAAUAAUGAGUUUGGGAUGGUGGAUCAUGAAAGGUUGUCAAAGAUGUUAAGCUUGCCAGAGGAAUUAGCUCGCAUGUAUAGAGAUGAUAUCACGAUCAUUAUAGUGCAGUUUAACCCACAUGUCAUUGGUGGACAGUAGAACUGGACAUCUGCUGUUUGUUUCACAUGCUUUCUGUUACAUACAGUAUAUCAUCAAUUCUAGUGCACAAUCUCAUCGCUGUGUCGGAAAUAUCAGCACAGCAAAUUGUGUCUUAUACCAGUGGAAUGUAUUAAUUUGUGAUUUAGUUCUAUGUUUGUUUUUAUUUUCACAUAUUCAUGGCAGCUGCAUUGAAGGGGCAUCUUAAAAUAUCAGCAGGUGAGCAGUUGAUCAUUUUUUUGUUAUAUGUGGCAAUGAAUCCAAGCUGAAAAAGUUGUGCUGAACCCACACACUAUUUUUAUCAUUGUAAAAAUACAACACUUAAUCAAGACUGGAACUUGCAUACCUGUUCAAAUGUGCUAAUAUAAGUUAAGCACCCUUUCUACUGUGGAGAGACUAUUAAUGGGCAGGAUGACUGGAAUGUGCCAAAAUCUGCUUGUAUGUAAAACCUUGUAGGCUUUUAUUUUAAUGUAUUUGUUUUGAAUGGAUUAAUGAAUGAAAUUCAGUAAAUUAAUACAAAGGUAAUUUAAACAUGGUGAGAGGAUGAGAGAUAUAGAAUGUGAUAUGACUAAGAUACAAAGCAAAAUAUUUCCAAAUGAGUACUUUUACACUUUUAUGAUCUGUAACUGAGAUAUGGCUGUUUAAUGAUGAAGUGGCAUUUAAUGUUUUAUUUAAGCUCUAAUGAAUUUUUUUUUUUUACAUUUUCUUUCCUCUCUUUAUUUUUAUUUUUUUUAUUUUAGUCUUUGGUGUGGUUUUCAGAAUCACCCUUUUAUUUUUGUAUUUUGGUUGUGCUCUUUUAUUUAGUAGGUGCUCUUUCUUGUAAAACAUGCCUUUUGGUAGAUACCUUUUCUUCAUUAAGCAUGUCUUGUAGUUCAAGGGUCAUGGAAACAUGACCCUUUUUUUUUUUUGCUCAACCCACUAACCUUCUCAUUACUGUAAAGAUCUUGAUAACAAAGUAUUCAGAGGUCUGUUUUGUCACAGAUGUAUUUGGAACCAGAGGUUGGGGCUUGCAAAGUAAGAAAACAGUUCAAGAUUGUUCCUUAAUUGUCAUUUUGAUGUAUGCAAAAUAUUUUCAGUUACUUCAAUGUAAUUCUUAUCUCAGUCCCCCUGACAAUUAUGGUGUAUUUGUUAUGCUGCUGGCCAUUGCUGAAAUUUCCUUUUUGUCUGUAAGAGUAAGGACAGGUAGUUUUUUUUUUUUUUUUUUUGUUUUUUCAGUUAAAUUUUUUUCAUGUGCUAUGACUUUUGUGAAGUUAUUACCAUCCACAGGGCAAACAGUUUAGAACAUGGAGUUUUAUUUGAGUUGGGUUAUAAAGCAAGGUUAAAACCAUAACUUUCUGUGAGCGAUUGUGUGUGGGUGCAUGUGAUUUGUACUUUCCAGUCUUCAGUCUGUACUCCUGCACAAGAAAGAACACACAGCUGAUUAUCACAUGAAAUGUUUAGAAUGAUCGUCAAUCAGAUAAAAAGUGUUUUUACAGGGAUAAUUCACCAAAAAUGUAUAUUCUCUCUUCAUUUACUCAUCAUUUGGGGAAUCACAAAAAAACACAAGAAGAAUGUUAACGUUGAGCAUGGAGAAUUUAUAGUAAAAAAGGACUUCUAUAUUUAUGUUUCUCACCCACACCUAUUAUAUUGCUUCUGAAGACAUUUGGAUCAUAUGAAUUACUUUUAUGCUGAUUUACAUGAUUUUUGGAGCAUCUUAAUUUUGGCACACAUUCAUUUUGGCAUUGUAUGUAACAAAAAAAUAAAGUCAUACACAUCUGGGAUGGAAUGAUGAGGAUCAGUAAAGGAUGAGAGAUUUUUCAUUUUUGGGUGAACUAUUCCUUUAAGGUAAUAAUGUAAUAAAGGUAGGGGUCACGAGUUUGCAGAAGUGUUAAUAGAGACUGCUAUUUCUUGGUAAAGCAAUUGUUUAAAACUUGAAAUGAAUUUAUGCUACAGCUUGUUUGGUUUGAAACUUUGCUGCAAGUCACAAGUGUAUUUAACAAUAUUACUAUUUGUUGUUGCUUGAACAUGCCUUGUGUAAG